AUGAAGCGAUCUGUGUCGUGGGCGCUCGCGCUCUUGGUCGUCGUGAUUGUAUCGCCGGCGUGCGAUGUUGGGGCAAUAGACUCCAUCGAUGCUAUUCCCCUGGGCGCGGGCGCAUCGCGCGACGCUCCGUGCGCGGGCACCAGGUCCGACCCGUCGCCGUGCCAGGAGCUUCGCCCGAGGGAGUCGCUGAACGCGCAGACGCUAGCGAUAGGGGGCGCGCCGCGGCUUUACAGACUGACGGGACUGCACCCGGAAUCGGCGUACGAGGUCAGGGUGUCGUACCCGGCAACGAAUCCCGCGGACGUGAGGGUGCGGAUCGUCGACCCGGGUGUACAAAUUUCAAAAUCCGGGAGCAGAGGCGGGGGCCUGAGGCGGCUGCUCAACGUGGAGAAGAUGGUCGCGUCUGCGCGCGAGCUCGCCGAGGCAGUCCAUCCUAAACCGGGUGGUGGGCAUCCUCCCGGGGUGGUCGUCGCGGUGUGGGCGGAACCGAGCGCGUGGCAUCGCGACGGGCCCGCGGGCGCGCCGCGCGAGCUGGUGUUCAACGUCGUCCUCGAGCCAAUGUCGCUCGCGGGGUUGGUGCCGUUCCAGGCGCUUCCCGUGGGUCUAAUCGCGCUCGGGUGCGCCUACGCGGCGCUUUCAAUGGAACCGAUGCUACGGGAACUGGUGUGGGGCGACCUGGUUCGGAGACGGGGUGGGCAGCCGCUGAACUCGCCGCCGCGGGCACGGAAGCGAUAG